ACCAAAACUCACUCAACCUGUGAGAUUUUUUGCUCUCUCCCGAAUAGUCAAAAACCAACAGAAAUAAUUUUGAGUUAUCUCAUCUCUACUCGAUCUGUAAAUGUCCGAGUUCAGCGACUCAAGCAGAUCUUUGAUCCCGAGCUUCCUCUACUCGUUCGCUCAUCAUCGUCUGUUUCAGUCGCCGGAGGAGUCAGCUACGACCAUGAAGACUCAUUUCAAAUCACGGCUGUUAGUUUCUCCGACUUCUUCAGUCUCAUCAUCUAACGGUACCGCCAGUUUCGCCAUCGCGACGCCGAAUGAGAAAGUAGAAAUGUACUCGCCGACGUAUUUCGCGGCGUGUACGGUGGCCGGGAUGUUAUGCUGCGGUAUCACGCACACGGCGAUUACGCCACUUGAUGUCAUCAAAUGCAACAUGCAGAUUGAUCCAUUGAAGUACAAGAAUAUAACUUCUGCUUUCAAGACAACCAUCAAAGAGCAAGGGUUCAAGGGUUUCACCAGAGGCUGGUCACCCACGCUUCUCGGGUACAGUGCCCAGGGAGCUUUUAAAUACGGACUCUAUGAGUACUCCAAGAAAUACUACUCAGACAUCGUUGGACCAGAAUACGCAGCCAAGUACAAGACCUUGAUUUACCUAGCUGGCUCUGCCUCUGCGGAAAUCGUUGCUGAUGUGGCUCUCUGUCCAAUGGAAGCGGUCAAAGUCAGGGUCCAGACUCAGCCUGGUUUCGCCCGUGGUUUAUCUGAUGGUUUACCAAAGAUCAUCAGAUCCGAAGGCCUUCGAGGGUUACACAAAGGACUUGUCCCUCUCUGGGGACGCCAGAUUCCAUAUACGAUGAUGAAAUUUGCUACUUUUGAAAACACUGUGGAGCUCAUAUACAAGAAAGUGAUGCCUACACCAAAAGAGGAGUGCUCGAAGCCAGUUCAGCUCGGGGUUAGCUUUGCAGGUGGAUACAUUGCUGGAAUUUUCUGCGCCGUCAUCUCCCAUCCUGCAGAUAACUUAGUCUCUUUCCUCAAUAAUUCUAAAGGAGCAACCGUUGCUGAUGCAGUAAAGAAGCUAGGAUUAUGGGGUAUGUUUACACGUGGACUUCCUCUUCGCAUUUUCAUGAUUGGAACACUAACUGGAGCGCAGUGGGUUAUCUAUGAUGCUGUCAAAGUUUUAGCUGGAUUACCAACCACUGGUGGUGCUUCUCCAGCAGCUACUUCGCUUGCUCCAGCUGUAAGUGCAUAAUAUCAUAAGGACAUUCAUCGCACAGCCGUCACAUUAGAGCAAUAAAAAGGGAAACAGAACUCCCAAUUAUUAUUUUUAUUUUGUUUCUAUCUUGUAAUAGUACAAAAAUGGUACGUAUUUGCUAGCUACAUCUAUACUCUACCGAUUAUGUUUCUACAUAUGGAAGUCAUUGAAAAUAUCCUUUUGCGCUCUCCUAAAUCAGUUUAAACACAAGUUGUGUUACGUGUAAUUUAUGUAAUCCAAGAGGGACUACAACUCUGGAGAUGGGUUUAAUGGAGACGUGUGUCAAAAACAACCGUAGCAAAUACGUGUACUACCUCAACAAAAUACUGACAUAUUUUGAAGGCAAUAAGAAAGAACAUGCAUGUAACUCAACAAAAAUGUGAGUUUCAUCAAAAACCCUUGUGAUCUCUCCACAUGUACACUAAAAAACUUCACCCAAUAAUAAUAAAACAAACUCAAGAGGAAAUUAAUUUAAUCCCUUGCAAAAGCUUCUCAGCAAGGUUGUGGCUAAUUUAACAAAAGUAAUAGCGUUUAGUCUCUUCUCUAAUGGCAUCAAUUUGUAAGAUUUAAACAGCAAUCCUACUCCCAAGUAAUAUGGGCUUAAACGAUGACGUAAUGAGGAAGCCCAUAAGGGCCCAAUACUUCUGUUGUUUUUUUUGUUGGGGUCGUAGUAUCACACAAUCAGAUCGUCUCCGUCUUCCUCAAUUCAUUCGCCGGCUCGAGAGAUUUUGCAGAAGAAGAGAAAAAGAAGAUGUCAUUCAUGAGAGGAGAAGCGUUAGUCUCGAAACUUGCUGUGCUCGCCAAAUACGCCGUUCUUCCUGGAACUAUGGUCGCGUCUCUCAUCUAUUCGCCGCCUGAUUUCUCCAAACACUCUCAAUCUUCCUCCAAAUAGGUCAGAUCCGGAGUUACAAAAUCGCACAACUAUGUGAUGGCUUAAAGAGUUACUUCUCUGUUUCCAAAAUAUGUUAUUUCGUGAUCGAAUUUGACUCGAAUGUUAUGUUCCGAACAAUGCACAAGUUAUAUCUUGUUAAAAUAACCAAUCUCAGUCAUGACUUGUUAUUGUCGAAACUCUUCCACAGAUAGUAUCCAUGGUUGAUUUGCUU